CGUGCAGCAAAAGCAACAAAAUGACCUUGACAAGAUACCAGUGUUUGUCUGACUGUGAGCCGCGCCGCCGGCCGGCAACGAAAACCGGAUUAUUCGCUUCAUUUCCAUAAACCAGUCUCUAAACGCACAAAAACACAUAGGUGUGGCAAUUGGCGACCUAAUUUUGGAUCUCAAUGUGAUAUCUCACUUAUUCAAUGGACCUCUUUUAAAAGACAAACAACUUGUAUUCAAGGAGGAGACAUUGAAUUAUUUCAUGGGGCUCACAAAACCUCACUGGAUCGAAGCAAGGAACACCAUUCAAAACCUUUUAGAUGUCUCCAACACCACACUGCAAAAUGAUAAACAUCUUAGGGACGGAGCGUUCAUCAAACAGAGUGCGGCUCAAAUGCACGUGCCAGCUAACAUUGGCGACUACACGGACUUCUAUUCGUCUAUCCACCACGCCACCAACGUCGGCAUCAUGUUUAGGAGCAAGGAAAACGCCCUCAUGCCUAACUGGAAGUACAUUCCAGUUGGAUAUCACGGGAGAUCAAGCUCGAUCGUUGUAUCGGGAACGCCAAUUACAAGACCGUAUGGACAGACGCUGCCUGUUGAAGGUGCAGAGCCCCAUUUUGGACCGUGUCGUUUAAUGGACUUUGAGUUGGAGAUGGCGUGCUUCGUCGGCGGGCCACCUACCAAGCUUGGGGAGAGAGUGACCGCCAAACAGGCCGAGAACCACAUCUUUGGAUUCGUCUUGAUGAAUGAUUGGAGUGCACGAGACAUCCAAAAAUGGGAAUACGUGCCCCUAGGUCCAUUCACAGCAAAGAACUUGGGCACCAGCAUAUCUCCCUGGAUAGUGACCAUAGAGGCAUUGCGACCGUACGCCAUUGACAACUAUCCGCAGGACCCAGAGCCGUUUGAGUACUUGAAACAUGAUGAUAAGUUCAAUUUUGAUAUUAAAUUGGAAGUUGAUCUUAAGGCAAACAAUUCACCCGUAUCGACAACCAUUAGCCGUUCAAACUACAAGUUCAUGUACUGGACGGUGAAACAACAACUAGCUCAGCAGACCAUUACUGGAUGCAACUUACGCCCUGGCGAUUUACUCGGCUCUGGCACCAUUAGUGGCGAUACAUCUGACUCCUAUGGCAGCAUGCUCGAACUUUCGUGGAAGGGGACGAAGCCACUUCGCUUGCUCAACGGAGAUGAACGGAAAUUCUUGCAAGAUGGCGACACAGUCAUUCUACGCGGUAUCUGCGAGGGAAAGGGUCCUAGGAUCGGCUUUGGAACAUGUGAAGGAAAACUAUUGCCUGCUGUCCCUUUUUAAAAAACCUACUGUUUAAACUUGUAUACUUUUAACACUAAACUUUGUAUAUUUUUAUAAAUUUGUAAAUUUUUACUGCCAUACAUUAUAUCGAAUUUCGUAAAAUAAA